AUGGGCGGUCACGACGAUCACCACGGCCACGCGAAGACGUCCAUUUCGGAGGAGGAGAUUCGUAAGCUUCUGGCUCGUGCCGAAACACAGACCUUCUCUGAGGCGCCCAAGUAUACGGCUGAUGUCUGCGGCGGUGUACCGCAAGCUAUUUUGGCUGGUCGAUUCGAAAAUGAACGUGCUCGUUUGGGGCCAGACUUUACUGAAGCUGAUCGUCAGUGGCGAAUCAAGUUUCUGGAGAGUCAGAACUUGCAUCCAUCUGAACCAUUCGAGGUGCCUAGGCGCAAACUGAACCCGUUUCGCCGCUUUUACCGCUAUCCACUCAAUUUCCUCGAGGACUACUUGACCAAGUUUAUGAUUCGACCCAAAGCUGAAAUUGUUCGGAAAACGGUUGGUCGCUCAAUCAUGGGCUACAUGCUCAUUCUCGCCGGCUGGUACCAUCUGAACUACAAUGUUGCUACCUGGGAAACUAGUCGUGGUCUUCGAAUUCAUCACACUAAAGAAGUGGUUCUUCCGGGCGAUAUUCGCUACCCAAUGCCCAAUCCUCGAACUGAAUCGUGGCAGCACUACGAUAGGGCUUUCCAUGAGCGCAAAGUGUUUCUUGAUAAGUAA